AUGGAUGAGCUGGUGAAGUAUAAGAUGAGUGAAGGUCUCUUUGGACUUGGUUUGGCAGUUAGGUCAAGGGAUACACUUUCUCCUGCUACGUGGUGGAGUGACUAUGGAUCAAGAACUCCACAUCUCCAAAAGUUUGCCAUCAAAAUAUUGAGCUUGACUUGUAGCUCAUCGGGAUGUGAGCGUAAUUGGAGUGUGUUUGAGCAUAUUCAUUCAAAAAAGAGGAGUAAGCUAGAGCAUCAAAAGCUACAAGACUUGGUAUACAUCAAGUAUAACCAAGCUCUUGCUCACCGCUUUGAUUGUCGUGAUGUGAUUGAUCCAAUUCUACUAGAUGAUAUUGAUGGAAGCAAUGAGUGGUUGAUGGGACAAAUGAGAGAUGGUGAGGAUAUUGAAGCUGAAGAUGAUUUGCCAUUUGAGGAUCAUAUCUUGAAUGAGGAAAAUGUUGGUAAUGUAGCUGAUGUUAGUGAGCCUAUUAUAUACACUAGGAGAAGGGGAAGAGAAGCUCCUACACUUGCACCUACACAUGUGGCCUCAAGCUCUAGGGGGAGGGGAAUGGAAGUGGAUGAAGAAUAUUCUGAAGAAGAAAUAGAAAAUGAUGAAGGAGUUCACAACAAUGUAGAUGAAGUCAUUGAUCUUAGUGGAAGUGAUAAAGAGGAAGACCUCUAUCUAGAGGAUGAUGAUUGA